AUUGAUAACCCCCGUGCCCGGCCCCUCCGCCGCAGCCGGAGAGAGCCGACCGCCGCGCAGGGGUGUCCGCGGGCACCUGCACCCACACCGGAGCACACUGUGAGCGCCCCAGGGACAGAGCGGAGAACACCGGGGUGCAGAAGAUGCGGAGGGCCGGCUGGCUCCGCGCAGGAGCGCUGCGUCGCUGAGGCACCGGAGGAGGUUCCCGCGGCCCCGAAGAGAUGAGGCUGCCCCUGGCCCUGCUGGCCCUAGUCGCCCUCGGGGCCGCCGCCGGCGGGACGGGCCGGGAGGCGGAGGAGGUGGCGCAGGCGGGGCGGUUCUCCACGCCGGAGCAGCACCGGUGCAGCUGGGAGCUGCUGUCCGCGGCGGGGGCCAGCGAGCUGCGCCUGAGCUGCAGGCCCGCGGGUGGCGGGGCGGCGCGGAGCUGCGCCUACCGCGGGGAGCCCAGGCGCUGCCCCGCAUACAGCGCCCGCAGCCGGCAGUACUGGCGGCAGAUCCUGGGCAGGCUGCGGCGGCGGCGGCACCCCUGCGCCCGGGGCAGCCCGCUCACCGCCCGCCUCUGCGGCCCGGGCCGGGCGCCGCCCGAGGCGCAGCUCCGCCUCAUGCCGGGCCCCGGCCCCGGCUCCGCCACUACCCCACCGGCCGCCACCGCAGAGCCCAGCCAGGACCCGGCGGAGACCUACUGCGCCGAGCGGUGGCACUCGCUGUGCAGCUUCUUCGUCGGCUUCUGGGAGGGCUGAGCCGCGCCCGACCCCCGCG